AUGGCUGUCACCACCUUCACUGAGGAAAACACUUCUCCACUUCCACCCAAAAGAAUAUUCAAGGCCUCCAUUGUUGAUUCUCAUAACUUGAUCCCAAAGUUGAUGCCACAAGCUAUCAAAAGCAUUGAAGUUCAAGGUGAUGGAGGUGCUGGAAGCAUCAAGACUAUCAAUUUUCCUGACGGUGGCAAUUUUAAGUCUAUAAAGUAUCGUGUGGAUGAGCUUAAUGAGGAGACAUACACAUAUAAGUACACAAUGAUCGAAGGUGAUGGACUGGUAGACAACCUUGAGAAGAUAACUUAUGACGUGAAGUUUGAGCAGUCAGCAGAUGGUGGUUCCAUCUCUAAGGUGACUAGCUCAUACUAUACUGUGGGAGAUUUUAAGCUCAAGGAAGAGGAAAUCAAGGCAGGCAAAGAGAAGGUUUUGGCGAUGUUCAAAGCUGUAGAAGCCUAUCUCCUUCAGAAUCCUGAAGCCUAUGCUUAG